AUGGUGGCUCAUACUUUCAAGGAUCUUCAAGAAACCAACAAAAAACAACAAAACGAAAUCGACAAUUUACAUUCGAAGGUAAACAAUCUAGACAUACAACUCAGUUGUAUGACAACUAAAGAUGAUCUUCAGUCGAUGAAGAUGGAGAUGGAUACUAGUAUGCAAAAUCUUCAAGCUGCCAUUGAAAAAAGUUUAGAAAAAGGUGGAUUUCACUCUAAUUUUCACUCUGGGGGUCGUGAUUCUCAUCAAUUUCACCGCAUGCCUAAGUUGGACUUUCCUAGAUUUGAUGGUGAUAAUCCAAAGAGCUGGAUCCAGAAGUGUGAAUACUACUUCCAGAUGCAUAAUAUCGCUGAGUUACACAAGACAAGGAUGGCAGCAAUUCAUAUGGAUGGUAAGGCAAGUAAAUGGUAUGAUAACUUUUGUCUUACACAAGCUGUUAUUACUUGGCCAUAUUUCUGCCAUAAUGUGUGUGCUAGAUUUGAAAACCCUGUACAAGAUAACAUUGUUGGUAUAUUCAACAAAUUAGCUCAACUUACUAUUGUUGAUGCUUAUUUUGAAGAAUUUGAGUAUUACAAAGCCUUAUUAUUGGGGGUUCACCAUGAUUUUCCUGAAUUUUACUUCAUUGCUAGUUUUAUUGGUGGGCUGAAGGAAGAGUUAACAAGAUCAGUUCUAAUGUUCGACCCAAAAACUUUACUUCAUGCCUUUUCACUUGCUAGAAUGCAAGAAAAACCCUUGUUAUGCAAUAAAAGGCACACAAAAUUUUUCUCACCCUCUUUUUCAACCACCAAAUCUUUUCCUUCUACUACUACCCCACAAAAACCUACCUACAUUCCACCCACUCCCUCACCCUCAAUUCCUCAGCCAAAGACAUUACCAAACUUGCCUCUCAAAAGACUAACUCUAGAGCAGGUACAUGCAAGGAAAGCUAAAGGGAUUUGCUUCAAUUGUGAUGAAGCUUACAAGAGGGGCCAUGUUUGUAAGAAGCAGUAUUUAUGUGUGCUUAUAGGGGAGGAAGCUGAAGAAAUUUAUGAUACUGGUGUAGAAACUUCAAAUGAAACUGAUGAGGAGCCUCCACUGGAAAGUGACAUGGAAAUAUCCAUACAUGCUUUAACUGGUAAUGUCUCAGGAGACACUAUCAGAAUUCCUGGUUUUAUUAAGAAGAAGGCCAUCUCCAUCUUGAUUGAUACUGGCAGCACCCACAGCUUUCUAUAUUCUGCUUUAGCUUCCAGUUUAAAGUGUCCAAUUGCUCAAACAGAAAAUUUAUUGGUCACAGUAGCUAAUGGUGAUAAAACUGUGAGAUCUGGUGUCUGCUCUAAGAUGGAAUGGACUAUGCAAGGUCACAAGUUCUGUGUAGAUUUAAGAUUACUUCCUCUAGUUGGGUGUGACAUUGUUUUGGGUGCAGACUGGUUAAGAAACUUGGGGGAUGUUCUUUUCAACUUAUCCAAGCUCUGUAUUACCUUCAAACACAAGGGUAAGAAGAUUACAUUAACUGGUGUUCAACAGAAGUCUUCACUAAGUAUGAUGAGUGGCUCUGCAGUUAAGAAAUUUUUUCAGAAACACUCUCAUGGCAUUGUGGGUCAACUAUUCUCCAUCACAGGGUCUCCUGCACCACUCCCUACACCACCACCUAUUACACCCUUACUCAAUGAGUUCUCUUAUGUUUUCACUGAUACAAAAACCCUUCCACCUAAGAGAAACUUGGAUCACCAAAUACCACUCAAUCCCAAUUCUGAACCAGUGAAUCUCAGACCUUAUACAUGUCCUUACCUCCAAAAAUCCAUUGUUGAGGAGUUGGUCAAGGAAAUGCUCCAUUCUGGGAUCAUACAACCAAGUCACAACCCCUUUUCCUCUCCCAUUUUACUUGUCAAAAAGAAGGACAACACUUGGAGAUUUUGUGUUGAUUACAUAAAAUUGAACAACAUCACCAUUAAGGAUAAAUUUCCAAUACCUAUUAUAGAGGAGCUUCUAGAUGAAUUGCAUGGGUCUAAAUUCUUCACUAAGAUUGACUUAAAUUCUGGUUACCAUAAGAGUAUCUCCUGCAGAUGUCCACAAAACAACAUUCAAAACUCAUCAUGGGCAUUUUGA